UCUGACCUGUUCGAAUCGGAGUUCCGCCAGACCUGCCGCUUUUCUCGACCAACACAACGCAUAUCUUCGAGGCCACCCGGCCGGGAAGUGGAGGCGGAGUCGUGUCCGACCGGCUUCUCCAAAGACCUGCGCUUCCGACCGGACCGGACGGGCGCGCCGCGGUUUCGGCUGGCCUGUAGCUGGCGUGGAGCCGGCUCGGAUAGAUCCGGGCUAGUCAAGGCGUCUGCUCCGACUCGCUUGCUCUCCGUCCGCUUACACUUUUGCCACUACUUCCUUGCGCUAUUCACACACUUGGGCCGACUGGCAGCCUCCGAACCGUCGUCGUCUCGGCCAGUCUCAAGUAGGAAAUGGCCAAAUCGCCCUGAUAGGCUCACACAAGCCUCACUCAAGCCUCGUGCUUCAGGUCACUUUUACCACACCUCACAACAUCUCACCACAUCUCUCCUCGUCCACCCUCUCUGUCCCUCGCUUUCUAACUCUAUCUCUCUAUCUGCCUAUCUCUCUCCAUCUCUUCCUUUCUCGACACGUCUGCAUCCCUUUUCACAAGACUCUAAUGCAUUACGUUCUCUCUCUCUCUCUCUCUCUCUCUCUCUCUCUUUAUCUCUCUCUCUCUCUCAUCAUCCAUCCAUCCAUCCACCCACCGAACUGCCGGUCAGUCAGUCCGUCGGUCGGUCGGCUCAUGGGCGGAUCACUCCAGCACACUUCUUCCGAAGCAAUGUCUGCCUGUCUGGUGAUACAUCGCCUCGUGUGUCUAUCCCUCCACGAGCCUGUCACUGUCACUUGGGCAUACCUGUUCGUCUAUCACUGGGGCCGUCCUCGUGUCGUUCCGUUCACUCGAAGCCCACUAACUCGAGCCCUCUGGCUGCCAUGCCGACGGCUCAACGACAUGAACACAACUCGUCGUGA